CCUUGCUUCCGGUAAUACCUCCUUUUCGGCAGCGGCUAUUUACUCGCCAACAUGCCACUCGCAAAAGACUUGUUGCACCCAUCCCCUGAGGAGGAGAAAAGAAGGCACAAGAAGAAGCGGCUCGUUCAGAGUCCAAACUCUUACUUUAUGGAUGUCAAAUGUCCAGGAUGCUACAAGAUCACGACGGUGUUCAGCCAUGCACAGACAGUCGUGCUGUGCGUGGGCUGUUCCACGGUCCUGUGUCAGCCCACUGGAGGCAAAGCACGUCUCACAGAGGGGUGCUCAUUCAGAAGGAAGCAGCACUAACCGUCUCCCUGUAGCUGGAGGGGAGAGGAGGGGAUGGACUGGUUGAUGCAAGAGUCUCCUGCCUCCGAGAAGACUGCGACGGCGGAGCCUGUGGUCCCGAUUUGAAACAAGACCGGGCGAUUUGACAGGACAGCAGAUGCUUUCUCUGCUCAUGUUGACCAAAUGUUUGCUUUGGCUGCACCCUCCAACCCCGUCUCUCUAAAUAAAAUGUUUUGGCUAAAGAAAUGGA